AUGGCGGAGAAGGCACUGGAGGCCGUGGGCUGUGGACUGGGGCCUGGGGCUGUGGCCAUGGCUGUGGCGCUGGAGGACGGGACAGAGCCCCCCGUGCUGACCACGCAUCUAAAGAAGGUGGAGAACCACAUUACAGAAGCACAACGCUUCUCUCACCUGCCCAAGCGCUCUGCUGUGGACAUCGAGUUUGUGGAACUGUCCUAUUCCGUUCGGGAGGGGUCCUGCUGGCGCAAACGGGGUUACAAGACCCUCCUCAAGUGCCUGUCUGGUAAGUUCUGCCGCCGAGAGUUGAUUGGCAUCAUGGGCCCCUCCGGGGCUGGCAAGUCCACGCUCAUGAACAUCUUGGCAGGGUAUAGGGAGUCAGGGAUGAAGGGGCAGAUCCUGGUUAAUGGGAAGCCACGAGAUCUGAGGACCUUCCGCAAGAUGUCCUGUUACAUCAUGCAGGAUGACAUGCUUCUGCCACACCUCACAGUGCUGGAGGCCAUGAUGGUCUCGGCCAACCUGAAGCUGAGUGAGAAGCAAGAGGUGAAGAAGGAACUGGUGACAGAGAUCCUGACAGCCCUGGGCCUGAUGUCCUGCUCUCACACGAGGACAGCCCUGCUCUCUGGAGGGCAGAGGAAGCGUCUGGCCAUUGCCCUGGAACUGGUCAACAACCCACCUGUCAUGUUCUUUGAUGAGCCUACCAGCGGUCUAGACAGCGCUUCUUGUUUCCAAGUGGUGUCCCUCAUGAAGUCCCUGGCCCAUGGGGGGCGAACUGUCAUCUGCACCAUCCACCAGCCCAGUGCCAAGCUCUUUGAAAUGUUUGACAAGCUCUACAUCCUGAGCCAGGGACAAUGCAUCUUCAAGGGUGUGGUUACCAACCUGAUUCCCUAUCUGAAGGGGCUUGGCUUGCACUGUCCCACCUACCACAACCCCGCUGACUUUAUCAUUGAGGUGGCCUCUGGCGAGUAUGGAGACCUGAACCCCAUGCUGUUCAGGGCUGUGCAGAAUGGCCUUUGCACCAUGGCUGAGAAGAAGAGCAGCCCUGAGAAGAAUGAGGUCCCUGCCCACUGCCCCACUUGUCCUCCGGAAGUGGAGACUAUCGAAAGCCACACUUUCGCCACCAGCACCCUCACCCAGUUCUGCAUCCUCUUCAGAAGGACUUUCUUAUCCAUUCUCAGGGACACGGUCCUGACCCACUUGCGGUUUAUGUCACACGUGUUGAUUGGCGUGCUCAUUGGCCUCCUCUACCUGCACAUCGGCGAUGACGCCAGCAAGGUUUUCAACAACACCGGCUUCCUCUUCUUCUCCAUGCUCUUCCUCAUGUUUGCAGCCCUCAUGCCGACGGUGCUCACCUUUCCCUUAGAGAUGGCGGUCUUCAUGAGGGAGCACUUGAACUACUGGUACAGUCUCAAAGCGUAUUACCUGGCCAAGACGAUGGCUGAUGUGCCCUUUCAGGUGGUAUGCCCAGUGGUGUACUGCAGCAUCGUGUACUGGAUGACAGGCCAGCCAGCUGAGACCAGCCGCUUUCUGCUCUUCUCUGCCUUGGCCAUAGCCACUGCCUUAGUAGCCCAGUCCUUGGGACUGCUGAUUGGCGCCGCCUCCAACUCCCUCCAGGUGGCCACCUUUGUAGGCCCGGUCACUGCCAUCCCUGUCCUCCUGUUCUCCGGCUUCUUCGUCAGCUUCAAGACCAUCCCCACUUACCUGCAGUGGAGUUCCUACCUCUCCUACGUCAGGUAUGGCUUUGAGGGUCUGAUCCUGACCAUCUAUGGCAUGGAGCGAGGACAUCUGACCUGCUUAGAUGAACAGUGCCCGUUCCGGGAUCCACAGAUCAUCUUGCGAGAGCUGGAUGUGGAGGAGGCUAAACUCUACAUGGACUUCCUGGUUUUGGGCGUCUUCUUCCUUGCCCUGCGACUGCUGGCGUACCUUGUGCUCCGGUACCGAGUCAAGUCUGAGAGAUAGAAUCUCGCUCCCACCUCUUCUGGGCAGGAAGCCCCCAGCUCCAGCCCCUUGGGACUGUUUUAAACUUGUAGACUUGGGCAUUGGUUGCUGGUGCAACUGCCCUCCUCUCCCUCAGCUGCUCCACAGUCUGGCUGUGGGUCCCCAGGCUCCCAGCCUCAGCCCUGGAAGUAGGGCUCCAGCCCUCCCCAUUAAGCCCAGGAG